AUGUUUAGCAACUUCCAGUACCGACAUCUACCCGCGCUGUUCACCGCCGCCGCCCAGUGCUGGGGCACCAUCUUCCCACUCAUCAGCAGCACUCGGGGCGUUAUCGUUCACUACGGACUGCCGGAGCGGGUGGCUCAUGUGCCCGAGACGUGGACAGUCUGGCAUGUCGGCAACGCCCGCACGGCCUGUCUUGGCAUCCUCAUGUUUACCUUUUACGCCCAGCGCCGCUACGACGUCCUCGACAUGUUCUUGAUCGGCACCGGAUACCUCGGGCUCGUCGACUGUUACAUCUUGUGGAACGAGGGGCUGCCGUGGACGGGCAUCUUCCGCCUUGUCAGCUCGUCUGUCUUUGCUGUCCUCGGACUCGUCGGUUUCACCCAGGGCUCAACAACUGGUGUGGCCAUGCACGCCGCAUCCGCCCCAAUGGUCGCCUCUGUUGCCGAAGCGGAAAAGAUGGCUGAGAGACCCUCCAAGGAGGCGUCUAGCUAUCCUCGCGCCGAUAUCACCCUUCGAGAGCAAGACGGCGAUGGCGACGGCGGCGACGGCGAGGGAGAGUUCAAGGCCUCGUGGCGAAUAUGGACAAUCUUCAUCGUUAUCAUGGCCCUGAGUCUACUGUCAGGCAUCGACGCCACCAUCAUCACAACCUCGCUCCCGACGAUAGCCCGCGACAUCGGCGGCGCCAACCAGUACGUCUGGGUGGCCCAGUCCUACCUCUUCUCUUCCACCGUGCCCCAGCCCCUGUACGGCCAGAUCGCCAACAUCUUCGGCCGCCGCAACCCCCUUUUCGUCGCCAUCGCGCUGUUUGCCCUGGGCAGCGGUAUCGCCGGCGGCGCCCACAGUGUCGCCAUGUUGAUCGCCGGGCGUGUGAUCCAGGGCUUCGGAACCGGAGGGAUUUCGGUUCUCCCGGAGAUCAUCAUCUGCGAUCUGAUCCCACCCCGCUACCGUGGGCCGUGGCUCAGCAUGACCAUGGCCGGCGCCGCCAUCGGCACGACACUGGGGCCAAUCCUCGGAGGGGCCCUGGCGCAGAGCGACUGGCGCUGGAUCUUCUACCUGAACCUCCCCGUCUCGGGCGUGAGCUGUGUCGUCAUAUUCUUCGCCCUGACGGUGCAGUACAAGCGCAGCCCGACCUGGAAGAGCGCGCUCGCCCGUGUCGACUUUGCCGGGAAUGCCAUCUUUGUCCCCGCCAUGGUCUCCCUCUACUUCGGCCUCAUCAUGGGCGGCACAGAGGGCUAUCCGUGGUCUUCGUGGCGCAUCAUCCUGCCCAUCGUCCUGGGCGUCGCCGUCUGGGCUGCUUUCCAUGCGCACCAGGCCUCGCGGUUUUGCCGCGAGCCCAGCAUGCCGCCGCGCCUCUUUAAAUCGCGUACUUCGGUCACGGGCUUCUUCCUCAUCUUCAUCGCCGCCAUCAUCCUGCAGGCCGUCAGCUACUUCCUCCCCGUCUACUUCCAAGCCAUAAAGGAAACCUCGGCCCUUCAGUCCGGCAUCAACUACCUGGCUUUCGCCCUAGCUAUCAUACCUUUUGGCGGCGGGGCGGGAGCUGUGCUCUCCAAGACGGGGAAGUACAAGUUCCUACACUGGGGCGGCUUUGCCAUGAUGGCCGUCGGCGCGGGGCUCUUCUCGACGCUUCGGAGGAACUCAAGCACGGGCGCCUGGAUUGGAUACCAGGUGAUUGCAUCCGGCGGCGCCGGCCUCAUCUUCACCGCAACACUGCCCUCCACGCUUGCAGCCUUGCCCGAGGCGGACGUGGCCACCGCCACAGGCACCUACUCGUUUGUGCGGGCCAUGGGCCUGGUCUGGGGCGUCACCAUGUCGUCCAUCAUCUUCAACGGCCAGGUCAACAGCAACCUCAACAUCGUCCAGGAUGCCAGCCUACGGGGCUUGCUCGCGGACGGUGCGGCGUACGGUUUUGCGGCGGGUGGCCAAGGCGGCAACACAAACAUCGGCGGCCUGCCUGACCCAAGUAAGGGCCAGGUGAUCCGGGUUUACGAAAGGGCCCUGCGUGUCGUAUGGCUUGUGUUUGCGGGUGUCGCGUGCCUAGGCUUCCUUGCUACGUUUUUCGAGAAGCACAUUGAACUGCGGAAAGACAGCACGACUGAGUUUGGCCUCAAGGACGGCAGAGAGACCUCGGAGUCUUCGAUGGCUGAGAAGGGACUCCCAUCACAAAACGCAGAAGACAAAACGACUCCUAUGUAG